ACAGUUCAUAGCCCGUAAAGGAGCAACGGUGCAACGAAAAGUUAAAAAAGCAAAAAAUAAGUAAUAAUAUCACACAAAAUAAAAAGAAAAGUAAUUAGAAAUAUAAGAGAAGUGAUGGUGAUGAUGUAAAAUAUCUCAAGAAAAAGUGUUAAAUUUAAAUCAAUUAAAAAAUAUAUAUUCUAGAAGCAGUUAUUAAAAGUUGAAAUAAUUGAAGAUCAAAAUUUGCAAAUAUUCAUAAGUAUUUUAAAAUAAUAAUAAAAAUUUUUAAAAUAAUAAGUAAAAAUUUAAAUAAUAAAUUGCUCAUUAAAUAUUUUUAAAAUAACCAAUUUAAAAUGUGCAAUAGCUAUAACAAUUAUAUUAAUAUAAUUAAGUGAAACCUUUUAAAUAUAAAAUAAAUUCUUGUUUAUGUUUUCUACAUGUUUUGUACUAGUGUGAGUGUAAUUAAAAUUUUAAAUUAAUUGGAUACAGAUCACUGAUUUUUAAAAGUUAGUAUUUUCUUGGUGACUUUGUGCAACUUUUAAAUUAAGAUUAAAGACUUAAGCGAAGAUUUUUGAAGAAAAAUGUUGACGACACAUCAUUUACCACAUCUGCAUCAUCGUGGCAGUACGGCAGUAGAAUUGGAUAAAAUAACAAAUUUAAAUACGCUGAUUGUAGAAAUUAAUAGUCAUGUGGCGUUAUUUCGUGAUCUUUUAAUACAUGUUGGCCAAUCUAAAGACUGUCCGGAAUUACGUGAAAAAAUACGCAAACUGCGUCGUACUUGUGUAGAGGCCUUCAAGCGAACUGAACAGAUUUUAAUACCACAAGUAAAAAAUGCUACUGCCGAUGGCGUACUUACUGACAAUCCCCAUCUUGUAUUGUUGUUUUACAUGGCACAAUUGUUUUUACGCGAAUUAGUGAAAAGCUAUCGUCUUAUACAAGUGGUGCCAAUGGACAUGUCAGGAUAUUAUGAAAAUCGAGCUGGUCCCUCUAAUUUGGGCAACGUUAUAAGUCAAAUAUUACUGUGUAAACAAAUAACACCAGAUUUUAAUCAAGAGGAAUUAUGUAGCAUUACAAAAGACUCCCAGGACAUAGCGAUGCUGCUGUCGGAAAUGCAAGAGUUCAUGCCACAGCAUGAAACAUACCUGGAACGUCACACUGCACUGGACAACAAUGGACCAUGGGCAAAUAAAGGUCGUCAUAAUUAUAUUUGUAAAAAUAUGAGUUUACUUUGUUGCGUCUCUCGACCAAAUUAUCUCUGA